CCCACCUGAUCGAUUUAAACCAGUGGUAGUAGGCCUACAGUAUAUAUUCCAGGUGCGCUGGACGAAAAGUAUCAGCUGGUCAUUAUCUGCGGGAUGUUUUGGAAUGAAACCUGCCGGACUGGAAUUUGAUUUAGUCUACGUAGGUGCGUAACAGUAAAAUGCUGCCGUUUUAUAAUCUCUGUAACAGGAAGGGAUUUACUAGCUACAGACUAAUCCGUUGAGACCGCACAUCUAUCGUUUCGCGACAAUUCGUUUUCCUGUGAUGUGUUGGUCAACAUAGUUUGUGAUACGUUUAUGAAUGUGAUGCAAUUUGAUACAUCCUUGCUGCGCAAGAGUCCCGAGCGCGGUCACGGAUAGACUGGCGCCAACGGUUCAAGAACAUUAAUUUACCAAAUUUAUAUCCAACUAAUCUCCAUGUAUCUGCCACGGCGCUCAGCGAACACAGACCAUCGGUUUAUCAUUGUACAGUUAGCCCGCAGGCUCUCCAUUUAGCCGGCCGCGGAGAGAUGCGCGCAGAUGUGGAGUACAGCCCGGUCGGCGAGGGGCUGGGGAUGAGCGAGUUCUGGCUAUAUGUGUGGAUGCGAAGGGUCGCAGUGAUCGCUGCGCAUGUCAUAGCUGUGGGUCUCACUGUACUGAUUUCACUACUAUCCCGCCCUGGAACAAGUCUAUUUUCCUGGCAUCCUGUGUGUAUGUCUAUCGCAUACCUCCUGUGCCUGACCGAGGGGAUACUCCUCUUCUCUCCCGAGGGGACUCCGUUCUGCUUCAAGGCACGGAAGGGUAAAGUCCGUCUGCACUGGUUCAUCCAGGCCCUGGUCAUAUUGGCUGCAGCCACCGGAGUUGGCUUCAUGGUUGCCAGCAAGAACGUGUCAGAGCGCCCCCACCUGGCCACCUGGCACAGCCUGCUGGGGGUGGGCACCCUGGCUGCCACCUUCCUCCAGUCCGCCUGCGGUAUCUGCCUCCUCUUCCCUAAGCUGCUCAAGCUGUCGCCUCCACGGCUCAAGCUCUACCACGCCACCUGUGGCCUCGUGGUGUACCUGCUGGCGACUGUGACCGUGGUGUCGGCCAUGUUUUCUGACUGGUUCCAGGCCACGGUGAAGGGGGUGGUGUGGUACGCCUUCCUGCUGCUGCCGCUGUUCCCAGCCCUGGUGAUCAUGAACCAAAUCACUAACGCCUACCUGCCACGCAAGAAGAUCACCACCUGAGACUAAGUUGUAGGUUUUCACAGUACAGUAGACUAUAGAUCAGUGUCUCCCAAACCUCUCAUGAGUACCCCCAGCCAGUCCACGUAUUUGAUGUAUUCGACAACUAGCACAGCUGAUUUAACUAACGAGGGGCUUGAUUUAUUAGAUGAUAAUUUCAAUCAGCUGUGUUAGUUCUGGAAACGUCAAAUAAGUGGACUGUCUGUGGGUACUCAUGAGAGGUUGGGGAAACUGCUAUAUACAGAUAUACGUAUCUUGUAAGACUACCACCAGGAACUCAGUCUUACACAAGUACAAACAUAUACAAAGUACUAGUGACGGGAGUUAGUUGCAUACACACACAUCUAUAAGAAGACCUGGGUGUGACCGUUGAAUCCUGAUAAACAUGUAUGGGACCUGCCCUGAAAGGCUACUGAAAGUUGACCUCUGCUGGGACAGAGUGGAUGUAACCCCGAAGUCGUCUCCAUUCCGUCAUCUGUUUCUCCAGAGGCUACUUUGCAAUUUUUAUCCAGCGAACAAUAAGUCUGAGACACUGUAUACUGUAUCUGGAUGGUUUAAGGCAGGGCUGUCCAACCCUGUUCCUGGAGAGCUACAGUCCUGUAGGUUUUCACUCCAUCCCUCAUCU